AUGUUCCUGUGUGAACGAGGUGCUAUUGGAACCUGCUCAUAUGACUGCAUCCUACCUCUCCCUAUCCUCACCGUUGCUAUUAAGAUCUCCUCCGGCGCCGUCCUCCUCUGUGAUGCCCUCUCCACCGGGGCGAGGUCCAUAGGAUCCAGCGGCAACAAGAUGGCUCCUAGUGUAUUCUUGUUCGAUCCUGCUGGACAAGAAGGCCUGAGUGGCAACAACUCAGGCGACGGAAUUGGUUUGCCAUCGUGGAAGUUUAGGAUCGACGCCGACUUGCUUGACGGUAGAGAGUUGUACAGGAAACAUUCAACAGUUUAUUUCCAAGCUAUAUCAGAGACUUUAAUUCAUGUCUUUUAUUUGCAUUGA